CAUACAUUGUGACCGUUAAUCAGACGGCAGCAAGUCGUCUCUGCCGUCAACAAACACAUGGUGAAAAUAAAGUGCAACAUGGCCAAACUUUUAGUGCUAUUAUCUUUAGCAGCUAUUGCUAGUGCUAACUCAUACUCCGCGAGUAAAUUAGUCAAAAACAUUUAUAACGAAUGUUUGAGCCAAUAUUCGGUGGAAUGUGUGAAACCGAGGACCCUGCAGUGGAUUUCGCAAGUUGCCAACGAAGAUGAGAUCAAGAUUACAGAAGACCUCACCAUUGUGAAGACCGGAAUCAUUGAAGAUGAUGCUGAAGUAGACCCUAGGAUGGCUAAAGAGCCAAUGUAUGCGAUGUUCGAUAGUUUCGACAAGUUCCUUCAAACUCACACCCUGAGAGUAAAGGUCCCAGAAGAAGUUACAAACAGUGCUGCCUCUGAAUAUGUACCAAGGUCUCUUCUUACUGACCUUCCUUCAGAACUCAAUAUGCCUUUGGAUGGCGAAGAAGAGGUUGAAGAGUUUGAGGGCAGGAAGAAGAAAAUCAAGCUCCCCAAACCCUUAAGAAUCAAGUCCAAACACGGCUUCAUCAAGAAGAUUUUGCUGCCUUUCUUACUCGGUCUGAAGUUUAAGGCUUCAGUUCUAGUACCUUUGGCGCUGGCUCUCAUCGCUCUGAAGACCUGGAAAGCUCUGACACUUGGCCUCAUCUCCCUUGUCUUGUCUGGUGCCAUGGUCAUCUUCAAAUUCACGAAACCCAAGGUCGUCAAUUACGAGGUGAUCCACUACCCACAGCACCAUGUUGAACACCAUGUUGAUCACCAUGCUCCAGGCUGGGAUGCGCAUGGUCCAUAUCAGGCACGGUCGUACGAAGACGCUCACGAAAUCGCCUACUCCGGUCAAAUAUAAAGGGAAAUAAGCUUUAACCUAAGAUGGAACUACGACUAAUUUAUUUAUUUAUUUAUUUAAUUUCACUGUAAAUAAAGUCUUUAUAAAAUAAGUUUCAAUUUAA